UAGAGAUAACAUAUGUAAAAGUAGGUGAGGAACAAUGAUAUCGCUAGAACAAAUGUGAAAGAUGUGCUUUUUCAAUGACUUAUAGAACAAGAAUAUACAAGGUUUUAGGGAUUUUCACAAUUAUCGAAGAAUGCUGAUAACUUACUCAAUAAGAAGACUUAAAUGGAUAUUUUUAAUUUUCUGCAUUGGGUUUGUAGUCUACUUGUGGUCAACAACCUUUUGGUGGUCCUUUGUGCCAGUUUCACAUUCUUUGAGAAGGUGUGUGCAAGACAUAUCUGGUAGUCAAUCAGACGAAAACCUAGAAAAUCAAUGCCGUAAUAUAGGCCCAAAAUUACGAGGUGUUAUAUUUGUUCACUCUGCUCCUAGUAACUUUGUUCUUCGACAAGCAAUUCGACGUAGUUACGGCAGUAAAGAACUAGGCCAGAAAAUGAAAAUUCCCACAUUCUUCAUGAUUGGACGUACCCAACAUACACCACUUCAGGAUAUUUUAGAAUUGGAGAAAAAAGCCAAUGGUGAUAUCAUACAGUUUUCUUUCGUUGAUACGUAUAAAAAUCUCACUUACAAACACCUCAGAGGACUACAGUGGGUUAUCAGCCAUUGUUCGUUUGCAAACUUUGUAAUUAAGUCUGAUGAUGAUAUAAUCAUCAAUAUUUUUCGGUUAUCAAAUUUUCUAGACCAGAUAAAAUUUAACACCACGGUAACAAAUAGGCUUAUUUGUAGGGUGUGGGAAGACCCUCUGGUGAUGCGUAAUAAUACAUCAAAAUGGUGUGUGAGUGAAAAAGAGUAUGCUCAUAUGUAUUACCCUUCUUACUGUGCCGGUGCCGCCUACAUUAUGACUAUGAAAGUGGCUAAAAUUCUUCAUCACAUAUCCAAAUUCAUGCCGUUCUUUUGGAUAGAUGACGUGUACGUCACAGGAAUACUGGCCAAGAAAGUCAGGCUGAAGCAUCACUAUAUCGAGAACGAAUACUCUUUUAUUGACGACCCAGAUUCAGUUUUGGUUGAAAGAGAAGGGGCUAUAUUUACUCAUAUCAACAGAGAUGGCGAUUCGUACCUAAAAUCCUACAUGGAACGUUGGAAAGACAUCGUCAACAUUGAAACACAAGGUUUUUCAAGCAAUUAUACAGAGCUGAAGAAAGGAAAUACGUUAAACGCCAGUUUAUCACAAGAAAACUGAGUGAAAAGAACACCACAUAUUCUUAUGUUUAUAACAUGUGGCGGAAGAAAGGGACAUAUUUCUAGUUAAAAACAUAAAGGUACACACAUGUUAUGUCCUUCCUGGGAUUUACACUUCUACUCCUACUUACACACAUGCUAUGUCCUUCCUGGGAUUUACACUUCUACUCCUACUUACACACAUGUUAUGUCCUUCCUGGGAUUUAUACUUCUACUCCUACUUUCACCUGAGUAAAUCCACUUAAAAUUGACACAAAACAUUCAGUUAUUUGUUUGUUACAUCCUGCAAAUUUUGAAUACCUUAAAAUGUGGUCAACAAUAAAUAAGUUUUACAAACAAAAUAAAUGUAGACGCAUAUCAAACCUAACUUUUAGUAGAAAGCCAGUUUAGUGUUUUUGAUCAAUGCAGCAUCCGGUUGGUAAGUUACUAAAGUUUUAAGAAAAUUCAAAUUCAUCGAACAAGUUGAAGAACGCCAUUUUUAACCAAAUCUAGAAAGCAGUUUUUGUUUUAAAAAAGUAGCUUGUGAUAAUCUUCACCACCUCCAAAAACAAAAACACCCAAAACCUUUAUGUUGAUUUAAUUAGGUUGAAAUUUCUUAUGUACUACUACUACUUGAGAUGAACGAUGUUUUAAACUCCAUAAGUUGAGACCUUCUUCAUAAAAGGCUUAGAGUUUGAAACGCAAUUCAUCUCAAGACCAAGACAUGCGCAGUCCAACAAAUUUAAGGAUGAUAAUCUUGACCUCUAAUAACGCAGUUUUCAUGUUUAUAACUAAAAAAAUAAAUCAAAAGAAUGUAUUGCAACUAUACUUCUGUAGAAUCAAAUAAAAACUUCAUUUUAUGUAGAAGAAAAAUGUCUACCCAAAAGUAUGUUUGAUCAUCCGGAACUUUCAGAGUGACCAAGUUUUUUGUUUAUUUUUGUAGAUAAAUAAAGUUUGUUUUUUUUUAAAUGGGACAUGAUUUUAAACUUGUAAUCUUGAAAAGAAAAAGAACUUGUGUUGUGAAAAGAAAAAACUUAGCGAUUGGAUACAAAGAGUUGUUUUUCUUUUGUAUGAUCCAUCGGUUUAACAUUAAAUUCAUUACCUUCUUCACCUGAAAACCUU